CGCAGUUCCAACGCCUGGGUCCAGGGUUUAUCUUAAACUGGUCGUUCUCUUGUGUCUGUCCCUCUCUAUCAAUCGUCAUCUCUGCUCUUUCUUCUUAUCAUCUGUACUGUUCCCUUUAAGGUGCCAAUCCGAUCUGUGCUUUUGUGCAUUCAGAGGGGACCACCACCUCGUCACUCCUUAGGAACUGUUAACCCACAUACACCCGGCCUGUACGACCAUCGACGAUACAUACCAUCAUCUCCCACACCCAGCGACCUCCUCCGCGAACCAUCACCACACUCUCUACUACCAUCGUCGACUUGGAUCGCGAUCUGUAUUGUCUGCCUGGACCCUGUAUAGUGCAUACCACCUGUUCACGACAACCCACACAACUUAAUCGACGCCACUCUCGAAACAUAUCUUGGAUGCGUUUCGGGAGCUUUGCUGCAAUCUAGGAAUUUAUCCGCAUCAAUCAGCCCAUCGCAAUGGAGUACUCACAAACGACCCCACCAAUGGGUCAAUCACCCUUCUUCUACUACCAACCGGAGCCGAGUCCAGACAACAAGCAGCAUGGCCACUUCACGGCACACCCACAGUACCCACAUGGGCUGCCAAUGGCCAUCGUUCCAUCCAGUCCCGGCCAAGUAAUGUACUUUCAGCAACAGCCCAUGCAACAACGACCACAGUCUGCGAACGCGUACGCGCACUUCCAGCAGCAUGCUCAGAUCUAUGGCCCGCCACCAAUGCUCACACCCGAUGCCUCGCCUCGCCAGCAUCAGAAGCAAGCCUACUACGUGCACGCACAAUCGGAAGCUCAAGGUGUGGUGGUGAACACCGAAUGCCCGAGCUACUUCCCAGCUACGCCUACACUGUCCGCGUCUUCCGGAUCAUUUAGCUCUGCAUCCACACCACCAACGACAUGCGGCAUCCAGCCCACGCCCGUAGACGGCCAAGGCGUCUUCUUCGCGAAGCCACAGAUGGUUGCAUUUCCUGCAGUCAAGCAGGGCUGUGAAGAGGAGGUCUUUUCAGAAGUGCUGGCAGGAGGAGACUGGAGCACACGCCCCGGCUCGCCUCCCAUGACUCCAGUGUUCUUGCACAACAACUCCAUCUCUGCUGCGGAGUGCGGCCAGUUGUACGAGAUUGCCAGCGGUGCGACAUCGACGCACCACUCGCCCUCGCCCUCGCCCGUGCCACGAUCAGUGGCCUCGGAGCAGGAUGUGUGCGACCCACGAGACCUCAUGGCAGGCACAUCUGGAGUCGAGUUCGCGGCGAUGCCUGCCUUGUGCGGCGGCGAUGAGCUCGAAAAGUUGGUGGUCAAGGGUGGUGAAUUGGCAGCCCCGCAGGUCCACAUUGCGGAAGCCGCCGAGCCUCGCUUCUACGCCGGCCUCCCAACCUUUGAGCCAAUUUUCGAGCUCGACGUCGAAGACGAAUUCGGGGGCAUGGUCGCGUACGCCAGCCACGACAUCCAGUACAACGGCGCCAAGCGCCAACGCCUCUCUGCCGUCGGCUUCGAGGACGAUGGCUUCUUCAGCGAGGAGAGCUUCAGCGACGAUGAACUUGCGACGGGCGCGUACUCUCCACCCAUCUCCGACUACCCCAUCCCUGAGCACUCCGCCGCCGCACACAGCAAGCCAAAGCGCAAGACUAACAGGAAGGAGCACGUACAGCACGCUGCCCAGCCCGCCUCGUCCGCCCAAGAAGAGGGCACGUCGGCGCCCACCUCCAACGCGCCCUCGCAGGCCUCCUCCGACAACAACGAGACCGCCGCGUCGACCCCUGCCCAGAGCAGCAGCGUGUCGCGCCGCGGCCGCAAGCAGUCGCUGACCGACGAUCCCUCCAAGACCUUCGUGUGCACGCUCUGCAGCCGCCGCUUCCGACGUCAAGAACACCUCAAGCGCCACUACCGAUCCCUGCACACCCACGAGAAGCCCUUUGAGUGCACCGACUGUGGCAAGAAGUUCUCCCGCUCCGACAACCUCAGUCAGCACCAGCGCACCCAUGGCGCCGGCACCAUGGUCAUGGGUGUCCUCUCGCAGCCCGGCGAGCAGCACAUGCACCAGCCCAUCGAGUCCGUUAAUGGCGGCGACGCCGGCUCCGUAAUCCGCCCGAAGCAGGAGCAGCAGCAGUACCCUCCUCAGCCUCACCAGUACCCACCGCAACAACAUCGGGUAUCACCUGACGCCGGCGAGCUCGGUGCCAUGCUCUUCGACGUAACUGCCCAGGUUGGGGGCUCCAGCUCGAGCUCAAGCUCCAGUGUCAGCUCCUCCGACGGCGACUACUCUCCCAACGGCGACCGCAAGCCUGCCAGGAAGAGGAAGCGAGACGAGUAGCAUGCUCUCUCCUUCUCUUUUCCUUUACUUCAUGACGACGCUCCAAGCAAUGACCACCACCGUACAUUGCAAAGGGACCAAGACACGCUACGAAAUUGAUGUCGUUACGCCGGGAUACUACCAAAAAACAAGGGAACAUGGGACAUGGCGCUUCACUGUUGUGGGGAAUGGUUGACAUCAACCUCACCCCCUGCGACUUCUCUUCGGACACGGGACGACAGCACGAAGACGCUUUCGACUUCUUACCUUCUUGCACAUCCUAUUGACUGUUACAUUCGCUUGUACAAUAUAAUGCUUUUCUGCUGUCUGGGGUCGCCAUUGCUUCUGCUCUGCGCCUUGUUACCGCGAAACCUGUAAAUUAUAACCUUUCAUUUGUGUUGGGCGCGCUGCUGGAGAGAGGGUUGGAGGCGGCACGACCAAAGGUCGUUGCCCUCCGCCUUUGUACUGCUUCAUACAACCUACCAGUUGUUGGAGGCACUUCUUCCGCGCUGGUCGAGGAGAUGUGAAAUGUCUUUUGAGCGCGCUACAACACACACCUAUUCGCUGUCAUUGUACCUACUUGUAUCAUAGAGGAAAGUCAGAGAAGACGCAAAAAAAGCUAUCGACUUUACACACCACUGGUUCUCACCAUUAUUCCUUCUGUCUGUCCCAGCUCUGCCUGUCAUUCCAUUCCACCUUCCUGGCAUCGCACCUUCCUCAGGCAAAACACUGCACUGCGCAUCACGACCCGACUCGACGACCACCGCAAGAGCGACAGCAGGAGUCAACUCCGAUCGACUAUCUCGCCACCCGCGUGGCCGCCGCCACCAUACCACAUGGCCCAGCACCAGCCAUUUUAUCAGUAAUCAAGUUGAAUCAUUGCACACCCACACACUUCCACGCGCAAGCAGAGAAAAAUUCAUCAA